AAAAAAUGGGGAGGUCGUUGAUAUACGACACAAGAAGGCCCAAUGCCAAAGCCCAGUUGGUCAAACACAAAGCCUAACCGGUUUUUCAAACCAGACGGUGUAAAACGCUUCCAAAACCAGAGAGCCCAACUUUGGGCCGUAAACCCUUCUCUUGCGAUUAGUCCUCCUCAAAUUUCUCCGGCAAGAGGCCGUCGUCAUUUUCACAAUUUCCCUUUGCUCCAUCUUUCAGUUGAAGAACCCUGUUCUGGGUUUUAGAUUUAAUGUCUUGGCUUAUUCAAAAUCGCAUUGGAAACACCUUGUUACGCCUUAAUCCUUCUUCGUCUUCUAUCGCUAUUUUCUCUACGUUUAUCAAGAAUCUCUCUACUGCUUCGGAGCAAUUACCUGAGACACUUGAUGAAUAUUCACAGUCUGAGGAGAUAUGGAAUGUUAUUGUAGGUAGAGACGGUGAUAGAGAUAGUGAAGAUGAUGUUUUUAAACGUCUAUCUAGCGAUGAAAUCUGUAAAAGAGUCAAUCUUUCUGAUGGUUUGGUUCAUAAGCUGCUUCAUAGGUUUAGAGAUGACUGGAGAUCUGCGCUUGGUAUUUUGAAAUGGGCUGAGUCUUGUAAAGGGCAUAAACAUUCGAGUGAUGCUUAUGAUAUGGCUGUGGAUAUUCUCGGCAAGGCGAAGAAAUGGGAUCGGAUGAAGGAGUUUGUGGAGAGAAUGAGAGGAGAUAAACUUGUUACUUUGAAUACAGUUGCUAAGAUCAUGAGGAGAUUUGCUGGUGCAGGGGAGUGGGAAGAAGCUGUGGGAAUAUUUGAUAGGUUGGGUGAAUUUGGAUUGGAGAAGAACACGGAGUCGAUGAACUUACUGCUCGAUACGCUUUGCAAGGAGAAAAGAGUGGAGCAGGCCCGAGUAGUUUUGCUACAGCUGAAGUCACAUAUUACACCAAAUGCUCAUACGUUUAAUAUCUUCAUUCAUGGUUGGUGUAAGGCAAAUAGAGUUGAGGAAGCUCUUUGGACGAUCCAAGAGAUGAAAGGUCAUGGUUUUCGUCCUUGUGUUAUUAGCUAUACGACGAUUAUAAGGUGUUAUUGCCAGCAGUUUGAGUUUAUUAAGGUCUAUGAAAUGCUAAGUGAGAUGGAAGCUAAUGGGUCUCCUCCGAAUUCUAUUACUUACACAACUAUUAUGUCUUCUCUUAAUGCACAGAAAGAGUUUGAGGAGGCUUUACGGGUUGCUACAAGGAUGAAAAGAUCCGGCUGUAAACCCGAUUCUCUUUUCUACAACUGUUUGAUUCACACGCUUGCUCGAGCUGGUCGGUUAGAAGAAGCUGAGCGGGUUUUCAGAGUCGAGAUGCCAGAGCUUGGUGUUUCCAUUAAUACAUCUACCUAUAACUCUAUGAUUGCUAUGUAUUGUCAUCACGAUGAGGAAGAUAAGGCGAUUGAGCUUCUCAAGGAAAUGGAAAGUUCAAACCUUUGUAAUCCCGAUGUUCAUACGUAUCAACCCCUGCUGAGAUCUUGUUUUAAGAGAGGAGAUGUUGUUGAGGUUGGGAAACUAUUGAAAGAGAUGGUGACUAAACAUCAUCUCAGCCUCGAUGAGUCGACUUAUACUUUUCUGAUACAGAGGUUAUGCAGAGCUAAUAUGUGUGAGUGGGCGUAUUGUCUAUUCGAAGAGAUGAUUAGCCAAGAUAUCACGCCGAGGCACCGCACUUGUUUGCUGCUCUUGGAAGAGGUCAAGAAGAAGAAUAUGCAUGAAUCAGCUGAGAGAAUCGAACACAUUAUGAAGACUGUGAAACUUACUGCACCUGUAAAGUGAGGUUUAUUAGUUAUUAUGACGACUUGACUGUUACUUCGCAGAUUGGGAUGAGAAGUGGUCUCUUCAUGCUUGCGAAAGAAGACAAGACCAGAUCAUGCAUAAAGAUGUUCAUUGUGUUGUUUAUUCAACCACAUUGUAGUGUAGAUUUCAAGUUCGUUGGUCAAUGGAUAUGGACAAGAAACUUGGACUUCGUAUUCAUGAAAAGUUGUUAAGAUUGGAACUCUGGAGUUGAUUGAUCUGACACAUUCUUGAUGAUAAGAGGUUAGGCAAGUUUUGUUUGUUUUCUGUUUUGACUCGAUCUUUGCAAAGGUCUCGAGACAUCUCAAGAUCUAGAGUUAUGGCAGGCUUAUUCACAUCAAGACUAAUUUAUGGGAGAGUUUACACAAGUGUGGGAUCCAAGAGCAUAUUUUUUUUUGUAAUGAGCAUUGAGUUUAUGGACAAAUACAUGUGCAUUUGGAUGCGUCCACACUUCACAGUUCACACCGACAGAAAGGUAGAUCCAUAUUACCCCAAACAAAACAAAAUAUAUUUUUUGGGAUAUUUUUGAAAUUAUUAAUAGAAAAUAAAUUUGAGUAGUCUUCUUCAACUUCAUAAGAUGGUUAAGCUUUAACUACGAAUUAUUGAUUAGAUAUUAUUAUUAAGGGCCCUCAAAUGUUAGCUGCCACAAGUGGGCACUUUUUCUUUGGUCUACAUUGUUCGAAAUUUAUGUAUUAAUUUAGAGGC